CAACAAAGCAAAACCAGAAGACAGUAAUUGGACACAACCAAACCCGAACCAGCAACAACAACAACAAGAAGAUGGCUGCGGUUCAGCGAGCAACAGAGGUGAUAUGGGGCACCCUCAAGACAGAUCGGGAGAUCACCUUCCGUUGGCUGCAAGGGUUUGAGUUUGCCGAGAGCGAACCAACAGCACUCCACCAGCGACGAGGAGGCCCGUGCGGUAUCAUUGCUCCAGUACAGGGCAUGGUGCUGCGGCACUUGCUCUUUCCAAAUGACGACGGUGAUGCUCCAGGCAACUGGCGCUCCCCUCAAGACGUGGUGGACACACUAGUACGUGCACUGACAGACAUCCUCGUCCAGGCGCGACCGACAGAGGAUGGACAAGUCACCCUCGCCAACCUCGAUGCACCCGCAGAGGAGCUGGAGAAGUAUGCUAAGCACGUGUCCAGCCGGGACCAGGUUGUCCCACCAGAGAGCGAGCUCACGGCACCGAUUGCUUUCCUUGAGCAGCACAUUGCUGUCAUGGACGUCGACGCGGACGACGCAGAGGCGUUCCUCCUCUCCAUGCUCAACGCAUACAAUGGCCCGUUUGGGGUGCUGCUGUUCGUGUAUUCGCUGGUGUUGACGCGUGGGCCGGAUCAAGUUGAGCUCGAUCAAGGCAUCGCCGCAGAGUCGCUCGUCUCCACUCCCUUUGGCCACGCAAAGUAUGCCUCUGUGUCCUUGACCGCCGUCUGGUGUCUGAGGAGAACGCCCGUCGAGCGUGCCCGCCGCAUCUUCGCCGAAUUCGACGCUGCCGGCAACGGGUUCAUCGAGGCGAAGCAGCUAGAAGCGCUGCUGGGUCGCUUGGACAUCGACACGUCCACAGAGAACGUCGUUCGCCUCUCUGAAGAGAUGGUGUCUGACGGGAUCAUCCUGUUACCACAAUUCCUCAGCGUCCUCUAUCCAAACCAAACAGCCUCUGAUGUGCCAAAGGAGUUUACUGUCUACUUCUACAAUGGCAUCGCAAAGCCGGGAGAACAGAUUUCAUACCAUCGUGGCGUGGCCAGAUCAGACUCGCCGCGUGACUUUGGGCAGGUGGAACUGAUGCAGGUGUUAUGGACCAAAUGGGAUCCCCUGUGUGUAAAGUGGGACGAGGGCAAGCCGUCCAUCACCUAA